ACAUUCAACUGUCAAACAAAGUCAAAAAAUCCGCGACCUCUCAUCGUUUCCUCGCGUUCUGUUGGUGAAUCGGAAAUCUCUCAAAAACUGAACUCCCGCUUCCAAAAUUAAACUUUACCCGCAAUGAAUUUCUCGUUUGGAACACCGGGUGCCACUGCAUCGACCCCUGCCGCCUUGGGUGCAACUGCUCCGACCACAACAACAACGGCUGCCAGCACAGGAGGAUUCAGUUUCGGAGCAACUCCGUUUGGGACGAGUUCCACCGGAUUAACAGCGGCAGUUGCUGCGCCCACGACGACAACCGCCUCUUCCGCCGCGGCUCCCUCUGCUGCUCCCACACUUAGCUUUGGUACCAAUCUUGCCGCAGGAGUCGCAGCCACACCUACAGCAACUCCGACUGCAGCAGCUUCCGUGACCACAACCAGUCAGCUGACAUUGGGAAGUUUUGCAGCUCCAAGCCAGCAGCAAAUCAAACGCAACCAGCGGCAAAUCUGACGACAAACACUCAAACAACGCAGUCUUCUUCCGUUUCCGGUGCACAGCAGCUAAACUUUUGCCAGCUGGAAGAAUUCAUCAACAAGUGGACUCUGGAGCUGGAGGAACAGGAGAAACUCUUCACCAAUCAAGCCACACAGGUUAACGCAUGGGACAAACUUCUGCUCGGCAAUGGCGAGAAGAUUGUCGCUUUGAACGAAGCCGUCGAAAAGGUCAAGGCUGAACAGGACGCCAUGGAACAGGAACUUGAGUUCAUCACCGCCCAGCACUCCGAACUAGAGGAAUGCAUAAUUCCCCUCGAGGACGAACUGUCCAAAAUUGUACAAGUCGACAUCGAACGAGGCCAAACUUAUUCGAUGGCGGAAACGCUGGACUCCCAGCUGAAACAGAUGUCCGAAGACCUCAAGGAAGUGAUCGAGCACCUGAACGAAUCCAACAAGUACUCGGACCCCAGCGAUCCCCUGGUGCAGAUUGGGAAGAUUUUGAACGCCCAUAUGAACUCGCUGCAGUGGAUUGAGUCAUCAACGUCUGCGAUCACGAAUCGGCUGGAGGAGAUUAGCAAAAUGCACGACGCCCUACGGAAAGACAAUGAGCGGUCAUUCCGGUUGACUUACUAUGAUAAUUGAGAUGUUUUCCUUAUGUAUUUCAAUAAAAAGUUAGUUUUAUAGGUUA